UCUUACUUUUGUCGGUGAGGAAAACAAUUUUCAAACUUUGUAAAUAACUUUUCUUCGAUAUGUGGAUUUUGAAAGGAAUAUGGUUUGGAAAGUUUAUAACCGUUUUAGUAUUAAUAUUAUUAUAUUAAAAAAAAAAAAAAAAAAAAAAAAAAAAAAAAAAACUUAAUAGUAAGAGAGCUUGAAAAGUAAAUUGCACCUCGUUAGGCUAUUCAUCUAAAAAAAUUAGAAAAGUUUUAGACAAUUGUUAAUUGUACCUAUGUGUAGAAUGCAAGUAUUUGCAGGUCAUUUCCCAACUGAGCCUCUCAGCCUCUUUCUUUUAAAUCCCAAAUGCUAAGUUCUAUCAAAGCAUUACAAGGAAAAACAUGCUAUGUAGAGCAGUCCCCAAACUUCUCAACAGAAAUGAACUCUAUCGUCUGGAAGAAAGCUGCUCUCAGCUUAUUUCAAUUUGCAAUUCCAAAUCCUUAAAAGAGGGCGUUUGUGUUCAUAGCCCGAUUAUCAAGCUCGGUCUUCAUGGUAAUCUGUAUCUGAGCAAUAAUUUACUAGCUCUUUAUGCUAAACGAUUUGGACUCAAACAGGCACGUAACCUGUUCGAUGAAAUGCCUGAUAGAGAUGUGGUGUCCUGGACCACGAUGCAGGCUGCUUAUGUCAGGAACAGAAGCUACAUUGAGGCUUUUGAAUUGUUUGAUUUGAUGCUAACAUUGGGUCACUGUCCAAAUGAGUUUACACUUUCGAAUUUGAUCCGAUCGUGCUCUGAAACGGGAGAACUGGAGCUUGGAAGUUGUGUCCAUGGCUAUGUUAUAAAGGGUGGCUUUGAGACGAAGCCAGUGCUGGGAUGCACCUUGAUUAAUCUUUAUGCAAAGUGUGAUUUCUCUGAGGAAGCUUAUGAAGUUUUCAGAAAUAUGGACGAUGUCGAUACUGUUACUUGGACCGUGAUGAUUUCUUCACUAGUGCAAGCACAGAAAUGGGAUGAGGCUCUUCAGUUAUAUAUCACUAUGAUGAAUUCUGGGGUCACUCCUAAUGAGUUCACUUUUACAAAACUUUUAGCCACAACCAAUUUUCUGGGUUUGAAAUAUGGGAAGUUACUCCAUUGUCACAUGAUAACAUUGGGAGUCAAUCUGAACGUAGUUCUAAAGACGGCGCUCGUCGAUGUGUAUUCAAGAUACCAAGAGUUAGAAGAUGCAAUGAAGGUUGCAAAUCAAACACCUGAGAAAGACGUGUUUUUGUGGACCUCUAUUAUCUCCUUCUUCAAUCAGAAUUUGAAGGUCAAGGAGGCUAUUGCUGCAUUCCAAGAGAUGAGAAUGUCUGGAAUUUUACCAAACAGUUUCACAUAUUCCAGUGCGUUAAGUGCCUGCACAUCGAUCCCGUCGCUUAAAUUAGGUAAGCAAAUUCACUUGCAGGUAAUAUUGGCUGGGUUGGAGGCUGACGUUUGUGCUGGGAGUGCACUAAUUAAUAUGUACAUGAAAUGUUCUAACUUCAUAGAUGAUGCCUUGAGAGUGUUUAGGACAAUAACUUCCCCAAGUGUUAUUUGUUGGACUUCUUUAAUAUCUGGUCUUGCCGAGCAUGGUUGUGAACAAGAUUGUUAUAGAUAUUUUUUGGAUAUGCAAGCAGCAGGAGUGCAGCCAAAUGCCUUUACUCUUUCUAGUAUCCUUGGGGCCAGCAGUUCAGCGAAAUCACAAAAUCAAACAUCGAUGUUCCAUGGAUAUAUACUAAAAAUGAGGGCUCACCAUGAUAUUGUUGUUGGAAAUGCUCUUGUGGAUGCUUAUGCUCGAUCUGCAAAGGUGGAUGAUGCUUGCCGAGUGAUUAGCACCAUGAAUCAUCGGGAUGCCAUCACUUAUACUAGCUUAGCCACGAGAUUGAAUCAGAUGGGUGAUCAUGAAAUGGCACUAAAAAUCAUUGAUUCCAUGCGUGCUGACAAUGUUGAGAUGGAUGAAAUUAGCUUGACAAGUUUGGUAUCUGCAUUGACAGGCCUAGGUAUAGUUGAAACCGGGAAACAACUUCAUUGCUAUUCUUUGAAGUAUGGCUUAGACAACACCUGCUCAGUAAAAAAUAGUUUGAUGGACUUAUAUGGCAAGGUUGGAUGCUUGAAGGAUGCCAAUAAAGUUUUUGAAGAAAUAAGCAAACCAGACGUCGUUUCUUGGAAUGGAAUGAUAUCUAUAUUAGCAUUCAACGGGCAUAUCUCCUCUGCUCUUGCUGCCUUUGACAAUAUGAGAUUAGCUGGCCUAGAGCCCGAUUCAAUCACAUUCCUAUCAAUACUUUCAGCUUGCAGUCAAGGUGGUUUGGUUGAUUUUGGAAUGCACUACUUUCAUUCUAUGAAAGCAACCCAUAAAAUAGAGCCAGAAUUGGAUCAUUAUGCUUGUAUAAUUGAUCUCCUAGGCCGCGUUGGACAACUAGAGAACGCAAUGGAAAUCGUAGAAUCCAUGCCAUAUGAGGCAGAUGCUAAAAUCUACAAGACAUUGUUGAAAGCCUGCAAUUUCCAUGGGAACAUGCUGCUUGGAGAAGAUGUGGCAAUAAGAGGACUUCAACUUAACCCAAACGAUUCAUCUUUCUAUUUGCUGCUGGCCAACUUGUACGAUGGAUACAACCGACAAGAUUUAAGUGCAAAAACUCGUAAGCUGAUGCGAGAUCGUGGAGUGAGGAAGAGUCCUGGCCAAAGUUGGAUAGAAUUACAUAGCAAGAUUCAUCUCUUUGUCACAGGAGAGAGAACACAUCCUCAAAUCAAUGACAUCCAAGAAAAGUUAGAAUUCCUCAGAGCUGAGUUCAAGAGUAGGGGGUUUAUGUAUCAUGAAGAUGAAAAUUCAUCCCAUCAUAGUGAAAAAUUGGCUCUUGCAUUUGGUCUUGUUAAUUUGCCACCCACAGCUGUUGUACGAAUAAUGAAGAACAUAAGCAUUUGCAGAGAAUGCCAUGACUUCAUAUUGCUAGUAACAAAGGUGGUAGAGAGGGAAAUAAUUGUGAGAGAUGGGCGCGGGCUCCAUGUGCUAAAAAAUGGAAGCUGCUCUUGCAGCCAUUACUCAUGAUAAUGUACCAUCUUAAUUGAUUAUGAUCCUCAAAAUCUUCUUCUGCCAUUGAUUUGAUUAUCAUUUUAUCCCCCGACUUGGGACAAAAAAUUAAAGAGUUCGUGUCUAGAUGG